AUGGAAGUGGACGACAGUGAGAACCGACCUAUGCCUGCUUUCAAACCAGCCAGCUCUGUCCCCAUGCCAGUUCUUCCUCAAGACGGAGAGGUUAUCCAUAUCGGAAGUGAACAAAGACGAACAAUAUUUGUCUUUUAGGUCUUCGUUGGACCCGGUGGCAAAAAAGAUGCGCAAAAAAUUGGACUUGGUUUGUCGAAAUUGAGCUCGAAGAGGAAGGAUGAUAUUCAGAUGGCGAAAAAGUACGCGAUGGACAUUUCUAUCAAGCAGAUUCUACUACGGCAGCAAAAGCAGCAACAAGAAAACGUAAAGUCUGAUACACUGAUAAUUAGUAACGCUUUUAUUUUUAGCAGCAAAAGCAGCAGAUGUACGCUCAGGCACUUUCCAUAAUGUCCAGAAUUUAUGUUGGAUCGAUUUCGUUCGAAAUCCGCGAAGAUAUGCUCAGAAAAGCGUUCGAACCAUUCGGUCCUAUUAAAUCGAUAAAUAUGAGUUGGGAUCCAACUACUGGAGUGAGACUUCACAUUUCCCAUAAAAUAAUUGUAAUACUAACUUUCAGCAUCACAAAACGUUCGCUUUCGUUGAGUACGAGAUUCCAGAAGCCGCUCUUCUUGCUCAGGAAUCGAUGAACGGCCAAAUGCUCGGAGGGCGCAAUCUGAAAGUGAACUCAAUGAUGUUCCAAGAAAUGAGACUGCCACAGAACAUGCCACAGGCACAGCCAAUCAUUGAUAUGGUGCAGAAAGACGCAAAGAAAUACUUCAGGUAGUAAAACUUAUUCUUGUUGAAGUCACAAUCGGAUGAUUUUCCAGAGUGUAUGUGGCCUCUGUUCAUCCAGAUUUGUCAGAAACUGAUUUGAAAAGUGUUUUCGAAGCGUUUGGAGAAGUGGUCAAGUGCCAACUGGCUCGCAGUCCGUCCGGACGUGGUCACCGCGGAUUCGGAUAUAUCGAAUUCAACAACCAGAACUCACAGGGCGAAGCGAUCGCGGGAAUGAACAUGUUCGAUCUCGGAGGACAGUUCUUAAGAGUACGUUGCUAAAUAGCACAUUUUCUGUUUUACGGAUCUGUUUAGUUUUUUUUUCUAACUUUCUUACAGAAUUCAGACACAAUCCGAAAUGACCGGGAAGGUAUCAGUAGUCAAUCAGCAUUCUUUCAGGUCGGCAAAUGUGUGACACCUCCAGACGCGCUCUCCUAUCUUCAACCGACGGCCGUCAAUGCGAUUCCAGCGAGUGUCUCCGUGGCGUGUGCUGCAAUCACUGCCAAAGUGAUGGCUGCAGAGGCAGCGGCGGCCGGUUCCUCACCGGUAGGUGCUCUCCUCUUCCCCAACUCGCCGAGAUAAAAAAUUAUAUAAUUAUUUUGUUUUAUUCGACAUUACAAUGAUCUUUCCUGUCACGUUUGACCCAAAUAAACCAUUUUAUUGUCAAAUAUUGUACGUGCAAGGAAAAGAGUGGGAACGGAGGUUUUGCCAAGUUAGCUUAGACUGGUCUUUAAAUGUUUUGAAUUUCUCUACACUUUCUAUCCGAAUAUCACGUGCAACUGCGACAUUAAAAUGGUUUUUGGGCUUCAGUGAUUACAGAUUCAUCUGUUUUUUUUCAGAAAACGCCUUCUGAAACUGGCUCGAGAGGGGCCAGUCCUGCUCCCCAGUCCCGUUCGCCUUCCUCUUCGCUUCCGACUGAUAUCGACUCCAAACUGAACGUCCACUCUCCGAAAAGAGAAACGGUAAUAUCGAAAAACAAUUAAGAAACGGUUCAUUGCAUUGUUUACAGGUGGAAACGAAUACAAUUGCUCCGCUUCCCCCGACACCAGCUAUUGAAGCCGUCAAGGAAGAGCCAAUGGAAAUCGAAGAGGAAGAGGAAGUCAAACCGAAGCCGGCAGUUGUGGUGUCCGCCCCCGGUCUGACAGUGCCCAGUCUCGUAGCUCCGCCCGGAUUAAUCGCUCCUCCCAGCAUCGGAAUAGUCGUUCCGAAACCAUCAUUCAUUGUUCCAAAAGUCGAGGAAACUGUGCCGAUGGACGAAGAAGAAGACGACGACGAAAUAGCAGAGAGCAGACACGGAGCUCCUGCAGGAAGAAUCAAGCUGUCGACUUCGCAGAGAAAGAAGUUAAAAAGAGAUAAAUUGAAUCAGAUGACGUUCGAAGAGAAAAUGGCACAGGUGUUGAAUCAGCAAAAGGCUGUUCAGAAUCAAAGAAUGGCAGAUCCGGUCACAUUUGGAGCACUUGAAGAUCAUCUCGGUUGGAAGGAUCCGAGGAGUGAAGAUCAGACGGACGAGAGCAAGAUGCUCGCGAUCAUGGGACCCGGUAGGGGAGGAGACAACGUGGCAAGCAUGGCUCUCGCUCUGAUGGACGGAGGAGGAGCACUUAUGCUGGCCAAUAGCAUUAAAAAAAAGGAUGCGGCUGCGGCGGCAGCUGCAGAACCGAAACGAAAGCAGAAGAAAGUGAAAGAGGGAAAAAAGAUCCAGCCAAAGGUGAGUGAGUGAUCAGAAAUCCUUAUUUUAUCGGGUUUUCAGUUGAAUACCGCUCAAGCACUUGCCGCAGCUGCAAAGGCGGGAGAGAUGUCGGAUGCGCUCAAAAACGAAGUUAUGAACAGUGAGGACGCAUCCCUAGCUUCGCAGGAAGGCCUCGAAAUCCGCGGAAACGACGCUCGUCACCUUCUGAUGACAAAAUUGAUGCGGACGAACCGUUCUUGUGUCCUCGUCCUCCGUAAUAUGGUCAAACCAGAAGACAUUGAUGAAUACCUGGAAAGCGAAAUUAAGGAGGAAUGCAGCAAAUUCGGCAACGUUCACAACGUCAUUAUCGCCAAUUUUGCUGCGAGCGGACUCGUGAAGAUCUUUGUCAAAUUCGCAGAUUCGCUACAAGUGGACAGAGCGAAGGCAGCUCUCGACGGGCGUUUCUUCGGAGGAAACACUGUUAAAGCGGAGGCGUACGAUCAGAUACUCUUCGAUCAUGCCGACUAUACUGGAUGA